AUGGCCGACAGAAUGGAGGGCGUAGUGAUGAGCGGCGGCGUCCCGCACAUGGACGUGUCCAAAUACCCGGUCCCCGUCGAAACCAUCUACGUCAACAACCUCGAAGAGCGCGUCAAGGUGGAGACGAUGAAAGCCGCGCUGACACGGGUGUUUGGGUGCUACGGCCCCUUGCUGGACGUGAUAGCAAAGUCGUCUCUGAAGCGCAAAGGCCAGGCGUUCCUGGUGUUUGACAGCGAGAAGAGCGCGCUGGACGCUGUCGACGACAUGGACGGCUUCGAGCUGUACGGCAAGGUGAUGCGCGUUUCGCGCGCGCGCACGCACAGCGACGAGACGGUGAAGCGCAAGGCGGCGGAUAUGUACGAGGAGCAUAAAAGGAAGCGGUUGAUGCUGAAGGACUUCAAGCGGGCAGAAGAAGACGCCAAAGCGGCGGCGGCCCCGCCAACGACCGAGGCGAGCAAACCACGGCCGGCCAAGUCGGGCGCAGCGGCGGUGCCAGACGAGUACGUGCGGCCGAACAAGACGCUGUUCCUGCAGAACAUAGCGCGCGACGUGGACGAGGAGGCGCUGUCGGAGAUCUUCGAGCGCUUCGAGGGCUUCAAGGAAGUGCGGCUGGUGUCGGUCAGGGCGGUGGCGUUUGCCGAGUUUGAGAGCGAGCCGUUUGCCAUUACGGCCAAGGAGGCGACGGCGAAUAUGCCCAUUGGCGCAGAGGGUAAGCCGAUGAAGGUCACAUACCAGAGGCAGUGA